UGGCGCGCCACUUCAUACUGUUCAGUUUUACAGCUACAGUAUAUUUUUCAUAGAAGUAUUCAUUCUCUAGAAAGCGACAAGUAUUGAAAUGUGGAAACUGCAAACAUCCGAAGCUGGAGGGGAAUGUGUCGUUCUGUUCCCGGGUCAGGAGUAUGUGGUCGGCCGUAAGAAUUGUGAGAUUCUGUUGUCCAAUGAUCAGUCCAUCAGCCGAGUGCAUGCCAACCUCACUGUCACUGAGCAGGCAGUCACUCUGAAGGACAGCUCUAAAUACGGCACUUUCAUCAAUGGUGAGAAGCUUGAGACUGGCUCCACAAAAACCCUGCAGACAGGAGACAAAAUCACAUUUGGUGUCUUCCAGAGCAAGUUCAGUUUGGAGAAAGAGUGUAUUGUGGUGUGUUCAUCGUGUCUCGAUAACGAAGGGAAAGCCUCCCUCUCUCAAGAUGUGCAUUCUAUCGGAGGGCGACUUGUCAACUCCUGGACACUUGAAUGCACGCAUCUCGUCAUGCCCACUGUAAAGGUUACCAUUAAGACGAUCUGUGCGUUGCUGUGCUGUCGGUCUAUAGUAAAGCCUGAAUUCUUCAGCGCGUUUAUCAAGGCUGUGCAGCAGAAACUGCCACUGCCUAAAGCUGAGAGAUUUAGGCCUCCGAUUGAUGAGCCCAGCCUGGCUAAAGAGGACGUGGAUCUGAGUGCACGACCUGAGAGAAAGAGCCUCUUCAAGGGGAAAACCUUUCUGUUUUUGAACUCUAAACAGAUGAAGCGUUUGAGUCUGGCAGUGAGUUGUGGAGGUGGGGUGUUUCGGCUUUUGGACGAGGGCUCUCUGCCCGUUUCACUCUUGGAGUCGAGCAGCACUUGUGUGGUUGACAUGAUAUCGGGAAACUCCCAGGCUGUGAUCCCUCCAAACUCCAAGAAGUGGGUGGAUUCUGUGGCCCAGAUUCUGCACAGAAACGGCUUGCGCUUUAUCACAGAAUCUGAGAUCGGAUUGGCUGCCAUUCAUGUCAAUAAUCAAACAUACUGCAAUCCCUGUUCUUCUAUUCAAUCUGAAUCUGUGAAAGUGAAGCCAGUCAUUGCUGCAGCAACACUUUCUCAGAACACUGCUGUGGAUGAGACGGCGCUCGCGGCACCUUCCCAGAAUAUCACAGCCUAUGUGGUCAACACUGAGCUCUCUCAGGACCAGAGCAGGAUGGUUACAAGUGGAAUGAGUGCAGUUGGUGAGACUCCUGAGAAGACACGUCCCACAAAGAACGUGGAAAAGAAGAAGGACUCCACACUAUCAGCAACCAAUAAAUCCUCAUCCCUCGGCCCGGAACCUUCCACUUCCCGCAUCAUCAGUGAGACGGUGAGGUCAUCUGAGAGCUGCAGCAUGGUUGAGCCUGAGCAGAGGAUGAAGAAAGGUUCUGCUCCUUCGGGCAGGGGGCAAGUUGAAUUUGAAGGUUCUGGGACAGCACCUCUCAAUGGCAGCAACACACUAAAACAGUCCCCCCAGAAACAGACAGCCCUCACAAACUUCUUCCAGCCUGCCGGCAAGAAAAGGCCCCGUGAAGACAAUGCCAAUUCUAUCCAGUCAGAGAUCAAAAUCUUCAGAAAAGACAGUGAAGAUAAAAAAGACGAGAUCCAGCAAAAUUCCUCUGCCAAAAACUCACAUACUGCCCAAAACCAACACAGCUCAGUGUCAAGAUCUGAGUUCAGUGCCAGUCUGGGUCAGGCUUGUGGGUCCAGUCAAAACUCUGGCAGCAAAAAGAGGAAGGAACCAGAGCUAGACGUCCCAUCAGACCCUGAGGAACCUGAAGCAGCUGCUGAUUUAGAAAUGUCACUUGAAGAGCUUGAAUCCAUAAUGUCCGACGAGAUGGAUGAGCCUCCGUGUGCUGCAGCUAAUAAAAAACAACGUCUUGAGUCAGGACCAAACAGCACAAUCAAUAACCCACAAUUGCCCAAUCAGCAAGAGGGCACUGAGUCCAAAAGCAGAAAAGGCUCAAGGAACAACAUUCAGAACUUGCAGUUGGACAGAACAGGCCCAGCUUCAACAAAUCAGGGCUCAGAGAGGCAGUCAAAGAGGUCACCCAAUCAAACGCCAGAUCUGGCGGCACAUAGGUCAGCAAACAAGGGGAAAAGACCAGAACUUGAAGAGGUCAAAGAGGAGGAAGUGUCUUUUGUUGUGAAUUCAAGGACUCAAAAUGGCAUUUCUCAGCACAGUGAGACUGUAGCCUAUCAGGAAAUACAGGCCUCAACCUCCAAAACUGGAUCUGAGAAUGACGCUGAGCUGCCCAGGAGUCUCCUACAGGUUCAGUUUAAGUCCCUGACUGUGAGCACCUCCUCUUCCAGAUCAAGACCUGGCCCACUACAGACCCGUGACCCCAAUGACAAAAAUGUCAAAAGGUUCCGCAAGGCAAAUGUCCCUGGAUUUAAUGGGCUGCCCAACAUUAUCGGAGGCUCGGAUCUGGUGGCUCACAAUCGCAGCAAGAACUCUGAACUGGAGGAAUGGCUUAGACAGGCAACAGAGGAGGAAAAACAGAAUGAACGGGAGGAGAUUUUGGGAGAUGAUUUGUUCAGGUACAACCCUAAACCUGCAAAGAAAAAAAGAUAAUAAUGUUCAUAAUGUGGUAAAUAUCUGUGAUAAGAUUGCCAAGCAAAACACAUUUCCAUUUUUAUUAGAGAUUUAUUUGUCUAUAAUAAAAAAUACUGUGUACAAAACUUAUAUGUAAUAAAUGUUGAAGUUUUACAAAA